GGUGACGUCGCCGCGUUUCCGGUGGGCGGCUUUGUGGUGUCGGGAUCAGUGAGUGUGGUCGGGCCGGACCGGGCCGUUUAAGGUUGAGCUGUGACCGGGCCGAGUAAGAGACGAGACGAACCGUUUCUCGGCCAUAUUCCUCCAGCUCGGGUAUACGAGCGGGCUAGCGGCGGCGAGCCGGAGAGCGGGGCCAACAGCCGGGUAGGAGCCCGGGAUGAGCGCCGCCGGCUCCACACUGACGACAAGACGCGCAGGAGCUUCGGCGGAGCCAGGAAAAACGGGAGAUGAACAACGCACUUGAGGAGACGAGCCCUCUUUCUGGGGCUGGGCUUCAGCUCAACUAAAGGCUUUACUUGGAUUUUACAGAGGGAAGGAGAGAUCUCUUUCUUGUUCUGUUAUAGGGAGGUGGUCGCCGAUAAAGAAGAAAAUAUUAUGACCAGCUGGGCCUGAGCGCAGUAUUCGUUUUUUUUCCCUUUUAACUUAAACCGUGAAAAUGUCAGUUCCUGCCUUUUUAAAUGUGAAAUAAAUCACUGCUUUGAUCUCUUUUGGGUAACUGGACGCUGCUCACCGGCCGCCGUUUGAGGACGAUAAUUUUGAGAGUUAAAACAAAACUUGAGAGAAUAAAAUGUCAGCGAAGGUUCGCCUGAAGAAGUUGGAGCAGUUGCUCCUGAACGGACCUCAGAUGAAUGCAAGUUCAAUGAGUGUGGAGACUUUGUUGGAUAUUUUAAUAUGCCUUUACAACGAAUGUUGCAGCUCGCCUAUACGACGGGAAAAAUACAUUGCAGAAUUCCUGGAAUGGGCAAAACCAUUCACCUCGACUGUAAAGGAGCUGCGGCUACACCGAGAUGACUUUGAAAUGUUGAAAGUCAUCGGUAGAGGAGCAUUUGGUGAGGUGGCAGUUGUGAAGAUGAAAAACACUGAACGUGUUUAUGCUAUGAAAAUACUUAAUAAGUGGGAGAUGCUGAAACGUGCUGAGACCGCUUGCUUUCGAGAAGAAAGGAAUGUUCUGGUGAAUGGUGAUUGCCAGUGGAUUACUACCUUACACUAUGCCUUCCAAGAUGACAACUACUUGUAUUUAGUCAUGGACUACUAUGUGGGUGGGGAUCUACUGACGUUGCUCAGCAAGUUUGAAGACCGACUUCCAGAAGAAAUGUCCAAAUUUUACAUCGCAGAAAUGGUGUUAGCUAUCGACUCCAUUCACCAGCUGCAUUAUGUGCACAGGGACAUAAAGCCUGAUAAUGUUUUGCUGGACAUGAAUGGACAUAUACGUCUUGCUGACUUUGGUUCCUGCCUGAAGUUAAUGAAUGAUGGCACUGUACAAUCUUCUGUGGCAGUUGGUACUCCUGACUACAUCUCUCCAGAAAUCUUGCAAGCAAUGGAGGAUGGAAUGGGAAAGUAUGGACCAGAAUGCGAUUGGUGGUCUCUUGGUGUAUGCAUGUAUGAAAUGCUUGUUGGCGAAACACCAUUUUAUGCAGAAUCACUGGUAGAAACGUAUGGGAAAAUUAUGAAUCACCAAGAACGAUUCCAGUUUCCAUCUCACAUCACUGAUGUGUCUGAUGAAGCCAAGGAUUUGAUACAGCAAUUAAUCUGCAGUAGAGAACAUCGCAUUGGAAAAAAUGGAAUGGCAGAUUUCAAAAAACAUUCCUUUUUCAAAGGGAUUGAUUGGGAUAACAUCAGAAAUAUUGAAGCACCUUAUAUUCCUGAAGUCAGCAGUCCAACAGACACUUCAAACUUUGAUGUAGAUGAUGAUGUUCUCAAAAAUCCAGAGUUGGUGCCUCCAGCCACGCAUACUGCUUUUUCUGGACUGCAUCUGCCAUUUGUAGGCUUCACAUUUACCACCAGCAGUCCUUUGUCAGACAGAGCUUCUUUGCGACAAGUUAUGCGAUCAGAUUCAAUUGAUGGGGACACAGAUGUACGACUAGACUUGGAAAACAGUUUGCAAAUAGAAGCUUACGAGAGGCGAAUCCGCAGACUUGAACAGGAAAAAUUAGAACUUACCAGGAAACUGCAAGAAUCCACUCAGGCAGCACAGUCACUUCAUAGUUCAGCACGUGGAAUGGGAACUAUCAGCAGAGAUAAGGAAAUCAAGAAGUUAAAUGAGGAAAUGGACAAACUGAGAAAAAAGUUAGCAGAAUCUGAUCGGUUAGAACAUCAACUUGAAAAUGCAGUGUCUCUCCGCCAAGAUUUUGAGGAAAGUACAAACAAAGUAAAAGCACUAGAAAAACAGGUUAAAGCACUUAAACAAGAAAAGGAAGAAAAUCACAAGCAACUUGUUGAAACUCUUGAAAGACAAAAGUCACAAACAAAGGAAUUGAAGGAUGCACAUCAGCAGAGGAAAAUUGCAAUGCAGGAGUUCUCCGAACUUAAUGAACGGAUGGCAGAGUUGCGCUCACAGAAACAGAAAUUGUCCCGAAAUCUCCGUGACAAAGAGGAAGAGUUGGAAGUAGCAAUGCAGAAAAUUGACACGAUGCGUCAAGAUAUCCGAAAAGCAGAGAGGACCAGAAAGGAGUUGGAAGCCAAGUUGGAAGACUCAAUGGCUGAAGCAUCAAAGGAACGAAAGCUUCGAGAACACAGUGAGACUUAUUCCAAACAACUGGAAAGUGAAUUGGAAACGUUGAAGCUGAAGCAAGGUGGUCGGGCUGCUGGAUCCAGCUUGCAGCACCAACAAGAACUCUCCAAGGUAAAAGCGGAGCUGGAGAAGAAACUGCUUUUCUAUGAAGAGGAACUGGUGAGAUGUGAAGCUGCACACAGCACUGAAAUUAAGAACCUUAAAAAGGAGCUCCAUGAUUCAGAUGCUCAGCAUUUAGCCCUGCAAAAGGAUGUCAUGAUAUUAAAGGACAAAUUGGAGAAAGCCAAGAGAGACAGGCACAAUGAAAUGGAGGAGACUCUAGGUGAACUAAAAAAGAAAUAUGAAUGUGAGCGAAACAUGCUGAUUGAAGAGAACAAGAAAUUUUCAGUUGAGAAUGAUCGAAUGUGUACAUUUGUGGAUAAGCUUACAACACAGAACAGACGACUUGAAGAUGAAUUACAGGACCUUGCAGCUAGAAAAGAAUCAGUGGCUCACUGGGAAGCUCAGAUUGCAGAGAUUAUACAAUGGGUGAGUGAUGAGAAAGAUGCAAGAGGAUACCUACAGGCUCUGGCAUCCAAAAUGACAGAAGAACUUGAAUCGCUGCGGAAUUCUAGUCUAGGUUCAAGAACACUGGAUCCUCUGUGGAAAGUCAGACGCAGUGCAAAAUUGGAUAUGUCAGCGAGGUUAGAGCUGCAGUCAGCUCUUGAGGCAGAAAUACGUGCUAAGCAACUGGUACAAGAAGAGCUAAGCAGAGUGAAAGCUACUAAUAUGGCAUUUGAGAGUAAACUGAAGGAGGCAGAUGGCAAGAAUCAAAAAUUUGUAGAAGAGAUACAGAAUUUAAAGAAAGAAUUAGAAGAAAGCAAAACCAGAACAGAAAAAGGUCUCAAACUUCCAGACUUUCAGGAUUCUAUUUUUGAUUACUUUAACACCUCUCCGAUUCCACAUGACUUGGGAUUUAAAGGCUCUGUUUCUUCCUCGUCUACAUCAUCUCUCCUAGCGUUUUGGGAAGAACCCUGCUUUAUAAAGAACAAACAUAGUGGUUCCAUUAGUGAGUCUGAUUUGGUGGGCCCAAAACCAGAACCAUCAUCCCAUUCUCCAUCACCAUCAGUUUCUAGCAAUUUAGAGCGGAGGGACGUAAGUAUUGAGCCACUAACACCCCAGCAAACUGUUCCUGCUGCUACAUCUCCUAUAUUUGUUCAGCCUACACCUUUGCCUAAGCCUAAAGCCCAUCAGGUCAGUAUCAGAAAUUUCUCAAGCCCUACACAGUGUAGCCAUUGUACGUCUCUAAUGGUGGGUUUAGUGCGACAGGGAUAUGCCUGCGAUGUAUGCUCAUUUAUAUGCCACGUAUUGUGCAAGGACAGUGCACCUCAAGUAUGCCCACUUCCAUCUGAGCAAGCAAAGAGGCCACUUGGAAUUGAUGUUCAGAGGGGAAUUGGUACAGCUUACAAAGGCUACGUAAAGGUUCCCAAGCCCACAGGAGUGAAGAAAGGCUGGCAAAGAGCAUAUGCAGUGGUUUGUGAUUGUAAGCUUUUUCUAUAUGACGUAGCUGAAGGCAAAUCUAUGCAGCCUGGAGUUGUUGCGAGCCUGGUAUUGGAUUUGAGAGAUGAAGCCUUUUCUGUGAGUUCAGUGUUUGCAUCUGAUGUCAUUCAUGCUACCCGGAAGGAUAUUCCAUGUAUUUUCAAGGUGACAACUUUGCUGCUCUCCUCACCUUCAAAGACCUGUUCAUUACUAAUCCUGACAGAAAGUGAAAGUGAGAAAAGGAAAUGGGUUGGAAUCCUAGAAGGAUUGCAGAAUAUCCUACAAAAAAAUAAACUUAGGAACAGAGUUGUAUAUAUUCCACAGGAAGCAUAUGAUAGUACACUGCCUUUCAUUAAAACAAGUUUAUCUGCUGUUGUUAUCGAUCGUGAGCGUAUAGCUCUGGGUACAGAGGAAGGACUAUAUGCAGUCGAGUUAACACGAGAUAUGAUUGUUCGAGCAGCUGACUGUAAAAAAGUCUACCAGAUUGAGCUCAUUCCCAAAGAAAAUCUCAUUGUCCUUAUUUGUGGCCGAAACCGACACGUUCAUUUUUAUCCAUGGGCUGCUUUUGAUGGACCUGACACCACCUUUGAUAUUAAACUCACUGAAACAAAAGGCUGCCAGAGCAUGGCUUCUGGAUCCAUGCGGCAGGGUAUUGUGAGCGCUCUUUUUGUGGCAGUGAAACGGCAAAUCCUGUGCUAUGAAAUUAGCCGAACUAAACCUUAUUACAAGAAAGUCAAUGAAAUUCAGGCCCUAGGGAAUGUGCAAUGGAUGGCAGUCUUUGAAGAAAAACUUUGUGUUGGCUACCCUUCUGGAUUUUCACUGCUUAACAUCCAGGGAGAUGGACCUUCGGUUAAUCUUGUAAAUCCAGUGGAUUCAUCACUUGCAUUUCUCUCACAGCAACCUUUUGAUGCUCUCUGUGCUAUGCAGCUUAGCAGUAAAGAGUACUUGCUCUGCUUUAGCCAUGUUGGUGUAUAUGUGGACUUGCAAGGGAGAAGAUCACGAAUGCAAGAGCUGAUGUGGCCUGCAGUUCCUGUUGCCUGCGGUUACAGUUCUUCAUAUCUAACGGUAUACAGUGAGUAUGGUGUGGACGUCUUUGAUGUGAACACAACGGAAUGGGUCCAAACAAUUCCACUUCGGAAGAUCAGACCAUUAAAUGCUGAAGGUUCACUAAACCAGCUCAACUCGGAACCUCCACGGUUAAUAUAUUUCAAGAAUAACUACUCUGAGGGAGAUAAUUUGAGCGUGCCAGACACUUCAGACAACAGCAGAAAACAGAUGCUCAGAACCCGCAGCAAAAAGCGUUUUGCUUUUAAGAUACCAGAAGAGGAAAGGUUACAACAAAGACGGGAAAUGCUGAGAGAUCCUGAGAUGCGGUCAAAACUGAUAUCAAAUCCAACAAACUUUAACCAUGUAGCUCACAUGGGGCCAGGAGAUGGCAUGCAAGUACUUAUGGAUCUCCCACUGAGCGUGUCACCAGUAUCACAGGAUGAGCAGUUGAGAGAGAAACGUGCUUCCCAAUCUAAUCCUUCAAGACAACAACGAAGCAAACAGUACCUUACACGUACAGCAUCAGGUGGGGAAGGUGUUAUGACGGCACGUAAUAUUUCUGAUCCUGAUCAAGAUUUUGAGAGAGAGCAGGAUUCUGAUUCAACAAGACAUUCGACUCCUUCAAACAGCUCUAAUCCAAGUAGCCCACCGAGUCCAAACUCUCCUCACAGGAACCAAAUUACACUGGAUGGUUUGGACCAUUCCACUUGUGAUGCGUGACUUUUGCCUCCAGUAACACUUUACAGAUCAUAAAGCCACACAACAAUAGGAUUCUCCGUUUCAUGGAUUCUUUUCCUCUUGAAAAAUGGAGUUUUGCUGAAUUGUUCCAAGAAAGUGCCAAGAAUGGAGAAUACUUCCUUCUGUUAAUCCUUGCUGAUUGCACAUUAAAUUAUAUAUUCAGGCUCCUUUAUGAGCAUUUCCAGCUUAUUUUGACUAUCAGCCCAAUACAAUGACUGUGUUACUCGUAUUCUUUGGUGAUUACGGUUUUGUGCAGUGUUGUUGUUAAGUUGCCGCCUUUAACAGCCAGAUGAUUUUGGGAUUGUGAAGCCCACACAUUCUUUCACACCAAACUUUCCUUCCAAAUUUCUGAUAUAGUUGGUAAAUGGUGAAAUAAAAUUGUCCAUGUACUGUUCCUGUAUCUUAGUUUAUAUAUUAAAAAAGAAAAAAAUGUUUUCUUCAGGGUAUACAUGACACUAGUAAAUAAUACUGUGAAUAAGAAUUUUAGUUGCUUUUUGUAUUACUGUUUUUAACUUUUGAAGUAGAUGUCCUUUCUUUGUGCUGUAUUGUAGUGAAAGAACAUAUCUAUGUUUAUCAAUGUCUAUGGGCCCAACGCAGAAAUAUUAAUGCUGGGAAGCACCAGACUUGGACCUGCUGCAUUCUCCAAUAUACAAUUAUUGUAAGAUUUGACAAAUUAUGAUUGUCCUUAUUGCUGAUUAAGAGGUAGUAUAAAUAUAAGGCAGUGGACUCUGGGAUACAAGAAAGCUACAUUAAUUUGAUCAUUUUCAAAUUCAGUUUUUGCAUGAAAAUACAUACCAUCAAAACAUGUUGUACUGGUUGAAAAUCAAAAGAUAUCCACAGUAGUCUUGUACAUUUUGAUAUGCACCCAGAUGAUGUGCUCCUGGUGGAUGCAAUUAAUGUGUACGUGUGUCAAUGUAUAUAUAACUCAUGUUCGGUGUAUGAUAACAUUCUUACUCAUUGAAGUGUCCAUAUUGCAUUAAAGGCUUAUACACCACAGCCAGUAUAUCCAAUUUGUCAUCACACCUGUGUGCCUUCCGUGCUGUAUUUGUGACAACUUACUAUUCAUACAGAUGCAGUAUGAUUUCCCUAUUCAAGAUCACUGCAAAGAGCUUGCAUGUUUUAGUCACCCAGAUCCCUGACUGAGUGGAUAAUUGUGACGUGCCACGUUAAGCAACUAAUCAAACUUCUUUCAUUUACUUAAAAGGGCUCACUGUGGAGCCUAACACUACUGGUGAAACAGGUUUUUUUUAUGUUAUUUUGUGAAAGUGGAUAGUGUUAAAAAUCAGCUAACCACUCUUUGUAAUUAUGGAAUUGUGCUUUGACAAAAUAUUGAAUAUUGACUUGUCAAUAAAGCAUACGAGGGAGGUAACAAACUGUUUAAUAGUCUGUU